AUUGGACUGAACGUGUCAGUCAAGCAAUGCCUUAUGGCAGUUCUAGUCCGAAAUUUUUCACCUUCACACACGAUCUGAUGAAUCCAAAAUAUUAAAAAUAAACACAAACACUUUUAUUGUGCAUACCGUUCGAUAUUUACUCCAAACGUUUUCCAAAAUCGGAGCCAAAGUCGAGUUGUUUGAAGUUGGAGACGAUAACGUCGGCACAUUGCCACCAAAAAAGAACGCAUCAAUGUCGUUAUAUUCAUCAUUUCAAUAAAAUCCGUGAAAAAAUUAAUCGCGCGUGGCACGCGAGUGAAAUAAUUAAAUUGUAUUGUCACAGCGCAGAUGAUCGCAGGACAUCCUCCGGUAUUAUUUUCAUUACCUUCAUGCUCCAAACCGGAAACGGGAAGUGCAUCCGGACCAGGAGCGAUAGAUCGAAGAUAUAGAUCCGGAGGUUUAUAGUUUAGUGUUUUAGUUGGUUUUGGUUUUCUGUUCAAUUCUGGAGUGUUUUCGUAAAACAGUUCAUCUCAUUGUUUUUAGUUCACAUUGUUUCGUUCUCUAUUCCAUAAAUAUAUAUUUUUUAGUUUAUAUCUUAAGCAAAAGACCAACCAGAGGAGACGGUGUUCAUUGUCACCUUCGUGCCCACCUCCUUCAAACCUUCCAACCCCUGCCUUCCAGUGAGGCAACAACCGAAGAUUGGAAUUCAGGGCCUAGGUCGGGCGGGAGAGUCCCAUAUCCGUCAAAUUGGCGCCGGUUCAGGUAACCGGUGAUGAAUUCGCCGGUGAUGGCGGCCCCCGGUUCUGCAAGUCCUCCGUUGUAAGGAGUCGCGGCUUGUCCGUCCAGCAGGUGAUCGAGAAGGUGUUCCACAAGCAUAAGCAGCAUAUGCAAAAGAAGCUGGAGACGACGACGACACAGCCAGCCAAUAAGCACAAGGAGCGGGAUACCAACCAAGCAGCCAAGCAGCAGGAGGACAAGGUCAGAGGUCCUGGGGGCGAGAAGCUGAAGCUAGGACUGGCGAUUGGGAAAAUAAUGACCUCGCAACCGGUCAUCACAGCGGAGGAGCAACGCAUACAUGAGCUGGAUCAGGAUGUGGAGCGAGUGUUUGAUGUGAAGAAGCGCCUGGGCAAGGGUGCCUAUGGCAUCGUUUGGAAGGCCAUCGAGCGCCAAAAGAAGACCACGGUGGCCCUCAAGAAGAUCUUCGAUGCCUUUCGUGAUGAAACGGAUGCCCAGCGCACAUAUCGGGAGGUGGUCUUCCUUCGUGCCUUUCGCCAUCAUCCCAAUAUAAUUCGUUUAAUUGAUGUAUACAAAGCCGGCAACAACUUGGAUUUUUAUUUGGUAUUCGAGUUCAUGGAGAGCGACUUGCACAAUGUCAUUAAACGGGGUGAUAUCCUGAAGGAUGUGCACAAGCGAUUUAUUAUGUAUCAAUUGGUAAAUGCCAUCAAGUACAUGCACUCGGGCAAUGUGGUCCACAGGGAUCUGAAGCCGAGCAAUAUACUGAUAGACAGCAAAUGCAGACUCAAGGUGGCUGACUUUGGCCUGGCUCGUACUCUGUACAAGAAGCGGAACACCGAAUUCGAUGACCUGGAGCAUGGAGCUAUGCUGACGGACUAUGUGGCCACGCGUUGGUAUCGUGCUCCCGAGAUCCUGGUGGCCAGUCGCACUUACACCAAGGCCAUAGAUAUGUGGAGUCUGGGCUGCAUCCUGGGCGAGCUGAUACGACAGAAGCCUCUCUUCCAGGGCACCAGCACCAUUAACCAGAUUGAGAAGAUAGUGUCUGCUUUGCCGGAUGUGACCCAGCAGGAUAUCGAUUCCAUAGGUGCCAGUUUUGGGACAGUGCUGCUUAGCAAGAAGAUCAAUCGAGAUCGUCGCCACUCCCUGGAGGAGAUGCUGCGCCACUGCAGCGACGAUGCCAUGACACUGUUGAAGUCCCUCCUGGUGCUGGAUCCACAUCGAAGGCUCACUGCCAAGGCGGCCAUACUGCAUCCGUAUGUGACACGCUUUCGCACCGCCUCCGCGGACAUGGAACUCCGUUCGGAUGUGCAUCCGCCGCUGCGGGAUGAUGUCCGCUACAACGUCAACGAGUAUCGAUCGAACCUAUACGAUGCCAUGGUCCAGGAAUCAUGGAGCAGUGGUCGAACGGAGAGGACCACCUCGCCACCCAGCAAUCGAGAUUCUAGGAUAUCCACAACGGCAACGGGAACGGGGACAGCAACAACGACGACGACGACGAAGAAGCAGCAGCCAUCGCGUUCCGUCUCGCGAACUAGGACACUUAGUGCCCACCAGACGACGACAAGCAAAGUGGCUAAUGUGGCUCCAGUGCCGGCGGUCAGGAGGACGGAACUGAAUCACCUGGGCGUCAGUACGUUGCAGCGGAAUAUAACCCAAAGCUGGGCGGAGAGCGAACAGAAGCAGCGGACCUCCUCCACGUUGACAGUGCCGCCGAAGCAGUCGUCGUCCGUUCCGACGCAAGUCAAGGAUGUGCCCCAGAACGGACGCACCAAUCAUUCGACAUCGUCCUUGCAUCCCAAGCAGCCGGCGUCCGUGGGAGGGGCCACAUCGUCCCUAAUGGACACCAAAAUAAAGAUCACUGCCGAGGCCGCGAUGGCUAUGCGCCGGGAACUGGACGGCUUGGUUGCCACGGCACCUCGAUCAAAGAUCCCAACAUGGCAUUCGCAGAAGCAGGCUCAUGUCCAGUUCCAGAACAAGGCCGAGGCCCAGGUGAAGGCUCUGCUCAACACCACCAUGCCCGUCUAUACCAGCCAGCUGGAUAAGGUGAAGUGGGGAGAGAAGCUGGCGGGUGGUGGGGACUUGGCCUCACCCAAAGAUCUCCAGACCAUGAUCGAGCGCAGUCGAAUCCUUCGCAGGAUCAGGGAGAAGAAGCUUCAGGCCAAGACCGAGGAGGAGCUAGAGCAAAAGAGGGAGAAGGAUAAGGAGAAAGAGAAGGAGAAGAAGGACAAAGAGAAGGACAAGAAGGAACGGGAUCGAAAUCGAGGCAGAGACAAGGAGAAGGUUAGUCAGGAGCAUCGUCUAAAGUCAGAGCCAGCUCCGCCUGAGCCCAAGAACCAGGCCAGCAGGCGGCAGGAGUCGGCAGCCGAGGCAUUGAAGCGUCCCCGUCACGAGAGGCGGCACAGGGAGGAGAAGCACGCAUCCGUACUCAAACCGGAAACGGAAGCGCUGCGUGAAAAGAUGGAGGCAAGCCGGAAGGACAAGGAGCGAACGCGACCCACUGGCGUCCAGAUGGGGGGACGAUGCCAGCGUCUGGUGGGCACGGGCACCACCGACAUGGUCCUCCAGCUGAUGACCCGCAAGCUGCAGCGGCUCAGCGAGCAAAAGGAGCUGGUGCAGGCGGAGAAGAUACAGAACUCCUGCAGAUCGGAUACGAUGCAACAGCUGGAGAAUGGGACAGUGUGGUGCUAUCGCACUCGCAUCAGCAACCUGGAGGCCGAGAUGGCCAAGUGCAAGGAGCAACUGUUGAAGUUUCUAGUCGAGAAUCAGGAGAUGCUCACCCAGCGCCGGCUGCGCCAUCACUUCAAUCUGCUCCUGCCAAAGAAGGAGGAUGAGGAGGAGGAGGUGGAGCAGCAGCAGCAGCAGCAGCAGGAGAAGGAGGAGGCGCCGCCCAUUAAGGGUGACGCAGCCGGCGGUGAUGCGGGCAUAUCACUACCCCCGGAUCCUGUCCAGAGCUACGAGUCCCUUCGCCUGGAACAGGACAAGCUGAGGCACUUGCAGCUCCAGGAGUUCCUGGCCCGCGACGAAAGCAACGACUACGAGCUGCCCGAUCUGGGCAAUGUGUACAAGGCCAAGAGCUAUCACUCCUUCACCCAGCAGCCGCUGCACAGAAAAUCGCCGGUCUCGUCGCCGGACUCGGGUCUAUCGCGUUCCCAGGAGGCGGACUUUGCUGAACCCUUCCACAAGUGCGGCAAGCUCUACCCCAGUCACUCCAUGGCCAGGUUGCUUGCCCUGAACAAGGGGCAAGGCGAUGAGAUUAAAGUGGGUGCCCAUCGGAGGCACCAGCAGAAGCAUCCAUCUGGCACUGGUCCGAGCUACGAACAUAUACGGAUGCGGCCGCAGGAUAUACAGGAGGCGCAGUUCCUGCCCAGAAGGAACCAAUAAUGAUGAUGACCUGAUGAUGGGCGUGGAGCAGGGACUCCUCUAACGGGUGAUCUGAGUAAUCUUACUUACCAUAUGUAUAUAUAUAUAUAAGGAUUGCUCAAAUCUUGGAUAUAA